GACCAGCGUUCAGUUGAGCGCCGUACACGUUCAGAGCAGGUCGCGUUUCGCAAAGUCUCUUGCUCUAGUGGUGUGUGGUGUGGUGUUGUGCUGUGCUGUGCUCUACUCUACUCUGCCCUACUGUGGGUGUCGUCGUCGUGCUCGGUCGUGUCACUUGCAUAGAAAAGUGUCCCUGCACGCACACACGCACACACGCGCACGCUAGCGUGGUGUGACUGUAGUGGAAGGAAGUUGUGUGCUGGUGUGCGAGUGCCGCACUCUUUGAGUGUAAUAUUUGCUUCUUUCGAGCGAAACAAAAUGACAGUGUGAAAAGAAACGAAAACGAAGUGAAGUGAGCGUGAGCAGAAGAAGAAGAAAGGAAGGAAGGAAGGAGCAAGUGUUCGGGAGGGAAAUCGAUUUUAUCCCGUCGGAGAAGAAAUACCAGCAGAAGGAAAGCAGUGAAGGAGAAAAAAAGAAGUCUAAGGAGUAACGCAUAAGAGACCUACCUACCCCGUAACCACCAUAUUACCACCCUCCCCCUCGUCGAAGGAAGGAUUCCCCAGGAACACUCCCUUCGCGCAAAGGAAGUUGAAGUUGUCACACAGGAGUUGAAAAAGAAAGUACAGGAAGAAGCGCAAACCACACGGAGUCGAGAUUGCGCAAUUUUGAAGUGCAUACCUUCCACUUCCACACACGAAAUCAACGAUUUAUUACAGAAGAAAAACUGCUAAACUAAAACAAUGCCUGCCGAGACCGGUAGGACAGACUCGUACCGAGUCGCCACCGUGGCACCGCUGAAGGAUGACAACCUCACUGCUGAUGGUCAGCUUAAGACAAGACGCAAAAUGCCACCAAAGAAGAAAGGAGAUAAUUUGGAUGACUUGAAACAGGAGUUGGAUAUUGAUUUCCACAAAAUCACACCGGAAGAACUGUACCAGCGACUACAGACACAUCCAGAAAACGGUCUCAGCCAUGCGAAAGCAAAAGAAAACCUGGAACGAGAUGGACCAAACGCACUUACCCCACCUAGACAGACGCCCGAAUGGGUCAAGUUCUGCAAGAAUCUCUUCGGUGGCUUCGCUCUGCUGCUGUGGAUCGGUGCUGUUCUCUGCUUCGUUGCCUACUCGAUUCAGGCCAGUACCGUCGAGGAACCGGCCGACGAUAACCUGUACCUCGGCAUUGUGCUGGCCGCCGUCGUGAUAGUUACCGGUAUUUUCUCGUAUUAUCAAGAAUCGAAAAGUUCAAAGAUUAUGGAAUCGUUCAAGAACAUGGUGCCCCAGUUCGCGACCGUGCUGCGUGAAGGUGAGAAGCUUACACUCCGCGCCGAAGAUCUGGUUAUCGGUGAUGUCGUAGAGGUCAAGUUUGGCGAUAGGAUACCCGCCGAUAUUCGUAUUAUCGAGGCACGAAGCUUCAAGGUUGACAAUUCGUCACUUACCGGCGAGUCUGAGCCACAGUCACGCGGACCCGAGUUCACCCACGAUAACCCACUGGAAACGAAAAAUCUGGCCUUCUUCUCGACCAAUGCCGUCGAAGGUACUGCGAAGGGUGUCGUCAUUAGCUGCGGUGAUCACACCGUGAUGGGUCGUAUCGCUGGUCUCGCUUCCGGUUUGGACACGGGCGAAACUCCGAUCGCUAAGGAAAUCCACCAUUUCAUUCACAUCAUUACGGGCGUAGCUGUGUUCCUCGGUGUUACCUUUUUCGUGAUUGCCUUCAUCCUCGGUUACCACUGGCUGGACGCUGUUAUCUUCCUGAUCGGUAUUAUCGUCGCCAACGUCCCGGAAGGUUUGCUCGCCACCGUCACCGUAUGUUUGACCCUGACUGCCAAGCGUAUGGCUUCGAAGAAUUGCUUGGUUAAGAAUCUGGAAGCUGUGGAGACCCUCGGUUCGACCUCGACCAUCUGCUCGGAUAAAACCGGCACACUGACCCAGAAUCGUAUGACCGUCGCUCACAUGUGGUUUGAUAAUCAAAUCAUCGAAGCGGAUACCACUGAGGAUCAAAGCGGUGUGCAGUAUGAUCGCACCAGCCCCGGAUUCAAGGCUCUGUCCCGUAUUGCUUCGCUGUGCAACCGUGCCGAGUUCAAGGGAGGUCAAGAUGGUGUUCCAAUUCUGAAGAAGGAAGUCAGCGGUGAUGCUUCGGAAGCUGCUCUGCUGAAAUGUAUGGAACUGGCUCUCGGAGACAUCCUCAGUAUUCGCAAGCGCAACAAGAAGGUGUGCGAGAUUCCGUUCAAUUCGACCAACAAGUACCAGGUUUCUAUCCACGAGACGGAAGAUCCUAGCGAUCCUCGCUAUCUGCUGGUUAUGAAGGGUGCUCCGGAACGUAUUCUGGAACGCUGCUCGACCAUUUUCAUCAACGGCAAGGAGAAAUUGAUGGACGAAGAGAUGAAGGAAGCUUUCAACAAUGCCUAUCUGGAACUCGGUGGACUGGGAGAACGUGUGCUGGGAUUCUGCGAUUUUAUGCUGCCAUCGGACAAAUAUCCACACGGUUACAAGUUCAACGCUGACGAUGUGAACUUCCCCGUCGAGAACCUGCGCUUCGUCGGCCUCAUGUCCAUGAUUGACCCUCCACGUGCCGCAGUACCAGAUGCCGUCGCCAAAUGCCGCUCUGCCGGUAUCAAGGUUAUCAUGGUCACUGGUGAUCACCCGAUUACUGCCAAGGCUAUUGCCAAAUCGGUCGGUAUCAUUUCGGAGGGUAACGAAACCGUUGAAGACAUUGCCCAGCGUCUCAACAUCCCGGUUUCGGAGGUUAAUCCACGUGAGGCUAAGGCCGCCGUUGUGCAUGGUUCGGAACUGCGUGACCUUUCCGGAGAUCAGAUCGACGAAAUUCUGCGCUACCACACGGAAAUUGUGUUCGCUCGUACCUCUCCGCAGCAGAAACUUAUCAUCGUUGAGGGCUGCCAACGUUUGGGUGCUAUCGUCGCUGUCACCGGUGACGGUGUAAACGAUUCACCUGCCCUUAAAAAGGCCGACAUCGGUGUUGCCAUGGGUAUCGCCGGUUCCGACGUAUCCAAACAGGCCGCUGACAUGAUCCUACUGGACGACAACUUUGCCUCGAUCGUUACCGGAGUGGAGGAGGGACGUCUGAUUUUCGACAAUCUGAAGAAGUCGAUCGCCUACACGCUGACAUCCAACAUUCCGGAAAUCUCGCCCUUCUUGGCGUUCAUUCUGUGCGACAUUCCGCUCCCGCUCGGUACCGUCACCAUUCUGUGCAUCGAUCUGGGAACUGACAUGGUACCGGCCAUUUCUCUCGCCUACGAAGCCGCCGAGAGUGAUAUUAUGAAGCGUCGCCCGAGAGAUCCGUACCGUGACAACUUGGUCAACCGCAGACUUAUCUCGAUGGCCUACGGUCAGAUCGGUAUGAUCCAAGCCGCCGCCGGUUUCUUCGUCUAUUUUGUCAUCAUGGCCGAGAACGGAUUCUUGCCGCUAAAGUUGUUCGGUAUCCGUAAGAGCUGGGAUUCGAAGGCCGUCAACGAUCUGACCGAUUCUUAUGGACAGGAAUGGACCUACCGUGACCGCAAGACACUCGAGUUCACCUGUCACACCGCAUUCUUCGUGUCCAUUGUCAUUGUCCAGUGGGCCGAUUUGAUCAUUUGUAAGACCCGCCGUAACUCGAUUCUCCACCAGGGCAUGAGAAAUUGGGCGCUCAACUUCGGUAUCGUGUUUGAGACGAUUCUGGCCGCCAUCCUCUCGUACACGCCCGGUAUGGACAAAGGCUUGCGCAUGUUCCCACUCAAAUUCGUCUGGUGGCUGCCAGCCUUGCCGUUCAGCUUGUCCAUCUUCGUGUACGAUGAGAUCCGUCGUUUCUACUUGAGACGCAAUCCAGGUGGUUGGUUAGAACAAGAGACGUACUACUAGGUCAACAAAUUUAUAUUUAAAAAGAUUAAUUAAAGAAGAAAAACUGAAAAAGGAGGUGAAAACAACAGUGAAAAAAUAACAAAAAAUGAGCAUAAAAAAGUAAUUAUAUUUUUUUAAUUAUUAAAUUUAUAUAAAGUUAUAAAUUAUGAUUUCCACACACGAAGAAAAGCAAAAGGAUAAAAACUAGUAAAAAUCGUGAAGAAGAUAAGAAGCAGUAUCUCCCGUCCUCAUCAAGUCAAAGUCCCCUCGCACCUCCGCGUCACUGUCACAUAAAAUGCACACUAAACACACACACAGACAGACAAACAGACACACAGACAUACACACAAAUCCCAAUCACGUCUACACGCGUAUGUGUUCGUGCGUCUCUCAUAGUUACUGUCUUCUUGAGAAAGAGUCACACGCGCCUGCCAUCAUCGACCGAAGUCAAACAACACCAACAACACUCGUACAAACAGAUGCCAUACAGCGUGCCUAACGAAACGCUCGCGAUGUGUUCGUAGUCACUGUCACAAACAGACAACACACCGGACACUCAAUACUGAAAAGAAAAACACACAAACACACACACACACCGACACCCGAUUUCGCAUUUUUUUUUUCGGAGCCGCUAACCGUUACUUGAAUUGCGUGUGCGGUAGGUUUUAAAAUGGCAUUAAUGACAUGCAAAACAAAACAAACAAACAAACAAAAAAAAAUGUCAAUAAGUAGAUAUGUGUGCGUUUUUUUCCGUUAUUUUUCGGCACUUGCGUUCGCGAUUUACAUGAGCGCACACUCACUCGAGCACGAAAAACCAUUAUUAAACGAACCGUUUGAACGUUCAUUGUGACAAAUACAAACACAUUCUCGCACGCGCUCAGUAAUACAAUCCUCCUCCAACCCCAUUCCUGACCCUAUACAUCCAUCCCCCUCACUGUGUGCUCCCCUGUUCGAACCCCAUUGUUUUCCCCGCGGUUUUCCAAGUCCCUCCCGCGCAUACAAAUAUCCAUCGUUUCACCCCUCUAUCUUUCAUCAUUCUCUUAUUAUUAAUAAAUUAAAAUAAAAAAAAAGAAAUGAAAUCAACUCGUUGUUAGUUACAAACAAAAGCUAAUUUAAAAAUUUAAAAAUAAUGAAGAAACUCUAGUAGUAGUGAGAAGAAUCAACAAAGAACUAAAAUUUAGUAGCAGAAAAUUAAGAAGAAAAAAAAACAAGGAUAAGCGCAAGGAAAAAUUGUUAACGAAAGAAGUGAAUAUAUUAGAAGAGAAUAAAAGUUGUUUUUAUUAUUGUUUUACACCACAUUUGAGUAACCCCCCUCCCACAAAACCGGUUAGUUUUAGUCCCAUCCUACCCAAAUACCCCCCCCCCCCCCCCCCGUAUCCGUUGAUCCGUUGAGCUAAGUUUCACUAUUCGAAUCCCGAUCUCGUUUCCCUUCCCCGCUCCCCCACUCCGAAUGAUUUCGGUUUUCGAUUUCGUUUGUGGUUUUUUUUUCGUUGACACUUCUACGGGAAUUAGGUUCUCUUGUAGAGGACCGUAUCCACCGAGCACUGGCGAGGCGCAUUCGGGCGGAGACUUUACCAAGUUUCCGCCCCGCUUUGCCUCUGAAUGGGCGGCUAGACGUGCCCAGGCAGUGGACGUGGUGCGGUCUACCGGUUUUUUAAAAAAGAAGAAACAAGAACUCUUAUUUGUUAGUGCAUAAAACAAGCGAAAAUUGUUGAUUUUUAGCUGAUAUAAAACAACAAUUUCAACAAGAAAAAAAAAAGAUAUAAAAAACAACACAAGAAGCUGAAAGAAUCCAAGCGUCUAAUAAAAAAAAUAGGAAGCAGAAAAAGUAAGCAACGCGUCACAUAAAACUGCCCGAUUGUUGUAAACUAAUUAAAAAAGAAAAAAAAAACAUAAGGAAAAAGUAUUUCAGCAAGAGCAAAAACCCAUUUAAAUGUAAAGUGAAAAACCAACCGCAGAUAAACCAAGUUAGCUAAAUUUAAAAAGCAGGCUAUUUGAAAUUAAUACCAAUAAAUAAAGGAAAAAAAGAAGAAAAACUCGUUAUAACGCUGUAGAACAGAACAAACCACACAGAAUAAAUUUAAGAAUAAAGGAAACAAUAUUUCUCUUCAUCAAACACUCUCACGCAGAAAAAAAAACAAACAAACCAAGAUACAAAACAAAAAGAAAGAAAUUUAACAAAAUACAGCACACGCGCAGAACAGACUCUUUCAAAUACCAACCGAGGAUGAUACCAGCAGAAAAAAAAAAUGUCAGAAUAAAAUCAGAACAAUAGUAUUUAACAAAAAUUA